AGCCCCGCUCCCUCCCCUCGCCCUCCGCCCGCUCUCCGCGCUAACUUUCCGGAGCCCCGAACGGCGGUGCAGAGCUCCCGGCAGCUGCGGGCCCGAUUCCCGGCCUCUGGCGGGGAGAGCGGCGGUGCCCAGUACCCCAUCCCCGCGCUCUGCAGAGAACAGGACGAUGUCCAGGACUAGGGACCGAGGCAAAGCCCUGGCGAGAUGGCUGGGCACUGGGCUUUUGGGUCUCCUGCUACUUCCCGUGUCCUUGUCGCUGGAGGUGUCUGUGGGGAAGGCCACCACCAUCUACGCUGUCAAUGGCACCGAGAUCCUGCUGCCCUGCACCUUCUCCAGCUGCUUUGGCUUCGAGGACCUUCGCUUCUGGUGGUCCUACAAUAGCAGUGACACUUCCAGAAUUCUUAUAGACGGGACCGUGAAGAAUGAAAAGUCUGAUCCCAAGUUGAAGUUAAAAGACGAUGACCGAAUCACUCUGGUGGGCACCACUAAGGAGAAGAAGAACAACAUAUCCAUUCUGCUGAGGGACCUGGAGUUCAGUGACUCAGGCAAAUAUACCUGUCAUGUGAGGAACCCCAAGGAGAAGGACCUCGAGCACCAGGCCACCAUCAUCCUUCAAGUUGUGGAUAAAUUGGAAAAAGUGGACAAUACGGUGACCCUGAUCAUCCUGGGCGUGGUGGGCGGGGUCAUCGGACUCCUGGUCUUCAUCCUGCUGCUCAAGAAGUUCAUUGCCUUCGUCCUCAAGAAGACGCGUGAGAAGAAGAAAGAGUGUCUCGUGAGUUCCUCAGGAAACGACAACACGGAGAAUGGCUUGCCGGGCUCCAAGGCAGAAGAGAAGCCGCCCACGAAAGUGUGAGCCCUGCUUGGGGCCAGGCGGCACGGGGAGCCUCGCUUUCUGACGACGACACUGAUGCUUGAGCCCUGUCUGUAGAACCCCUGUGCCUGAGUCAUCUGCUGCUUGGCUCAAACUGUAGUCUUUCUGUGCAGGGAGAAACUGGGGUCCUGUCCGGCCCGCCCCAACCCCCUCCCCAGCCAGGGCUUCACAGGGAUGGGGGCUGACCAGGGAUGGGGCCUGUGGGCAUCAGAAAAGAAAAGGAGGGUUUGAGAUGAUAUUGAGGGGCUGGUUCCCCAACACCUAGAGAAUGGGGUUUUCUCGGGCUCCCCACCCUGAGGGCACCCACCCUUGGUUUUCUUUCUGUUUUCUCUGUAAGAGGGACAUGGGGGAUCAGUGGGGACUGCCCAACAAGCGGGACCCUGUAGAGGGGCAAAGGGAGAGCCUUAUGUGGAGAAAGAAACUCUUGGUGGUGGAAAGUGUCCUGCAGGAUUCUGGAGAAGACCGGGGGGCAGAAGCUGCUGGAGGCACAGUGAGAGGGGAGCUGGGCCUUACAGGAUACCUGGUCUCCCACAGUCCUUCAAGUGGGGCGUUUCCCUCUCUGCCACGCUGGGGUGCCUCUGCCUUGUGCAUCUCCCUUUCCUGCACUCCCCGCUCCGAGUUUCUAACCCCUCCUUCCCAGGUAGGCCUGGAUGCCUUGGUCCGGGCCCACCUCGCCAACCCUUGUGCCCUCCAGGUUGCUGAGACGCCCCUCAAAGCUCUCUGGAGUCCUGGGGUGCUACCUAUGCCUUUCCUAGGAUUUUGUCUUGGGGAAUGGGGCUGUAGAGGUGGGUAAGCCCAUAUCCUGGGCCUUUCAGUCAUUGGGUGCCCACCCCAGGCCUCCAGCUUCUUGGCACUGCAGGACCAUUGCCAUAGAGGGCACUUCCGAGCCUGACUCCCUUGUGUUCUCUUCCCUUGGAACACCAGGGGCUGUCCCCUUGCUGGAGAGACUGCAGCCUCUUCUCUCCCUCCUCCCGCGCCCUCCCAUGGCUUGCUCUUCUGGGGCCCCUCUGCCACGCCUUUGCCCCUGUGCCCGGGGUUGUGCAGCCCCCAGCCCUGGGUUUGCCUUUGCCUCAGGGACCCUCUUCCUUGGAUGAGAGAGCCCUCGGGUUUUCUAGCAGCUUUCUGCUCAGCAGGCUCCCCUUGUCUUGUUCUGGGUUUUGGGAGGAGCAGGGACAAGGGACUCACACUUUUCCUCUGCUUGCUGCAGAACCGGUUUGCACACCCCUUGAGUGUGGGGCUAGACUGUGCCUUAGCUCCCCGAGUCCCGGCCCUGCCUUCCCUUCCUUCUUUCCAGCCUGUCUUCCCUGACCUAACUGCACUAGGUCGUCUCGGAGGCCAUGACGGCCCCUUGGCCAGGGACUAAGACUCGGAGACACUUGUCCUCCCUGCCCAGCGGCAGCACCGUCUUCUCUGAGGAUAGAAUUUGGGGAAGUCUGAGGAACGGCAGCAUGCGUGUUCCCCUGGCUGUGGACAUGUUCCUUGCAUAGGCUGGUGGGCUUGCACAUCCCUACUCCGCUCCGCCUCCUCCCUUCCUGUCCCUCAACCCCAAACCCAUUCUGGGCUGGGGUUCAGAUCUCCCUGGCUUUGGGAGCAGAAAAACAGAGCCAUUCAGCCAUUCUGCAGCCAUUCAGAAAACUUUUAGCUGCCUUCAUGCGAAACUGCUUUCUUUCCCCUUCUCAGUGUCAACAGUUGGAGAGACAGAGUGUGCAGGGCUCCUCUUGCUCUAUUGAGAGGUCCCCAAGACAUGUACAAGAGAGGAAGGCUGCCACCCUCCUCUCUUUCCCAGUUUACUGAUAACUUAGAGGUGGGCAGCUUUUCUGGGCUCGGCUUUUACCAUCUCUCCAAAGGGUGUGAUAAUACUUACCUACCUCACCGGACUGUUGUGAGGCCUGGCAAGUUUUGUUUUUAAUUUUGGCUUGGAAAAGCAUCUGGGAAGCAGGAUUUCUAAUUGGAGACGUUGUUCCAAGUUGAUCUCCGCCUCAUCUCUGUAUCUCAUUCUUACAAAAACACACAUGCAUGCACGCACACACGCAUGCACACACGCACCUGCCCCUUUGGGAUUCCUGAGUCUUUACAGCGUUGAAAACCUUGACUCCAAUUCAUGCUUAAAGCUUCUUGUUUAUGGCUCUUUUGGUGGUUUUCAAAGGAGGUGGCUGGGACUGUAGAGGGGGUAUUUUUGGUUGUUACAAUGUCUUUAGCAUUUAGUGGGUGAGAAUCAAGAAUACUAAACUUGGUUCUCACAACAAAGAAUGUCUUGUCCCGAUGCCAGCCUCAUGCCCAUGCAAAACUGUUGGCAUGGGUUUGCAACAGGCUGUAUAAUUGACAAAGCCAUUUUCCCCAAGCAGAUGCUUCGAGCAUGCCAGUCUCUGGUGGUGGUCUCUGACCUGGCGAGGGAGUUUCCAGAGUUGCUGUGCUAAGGCCAUUUCUAGAGUUAAUCUCAUCUCAGGAAGCUCAGGGCACAUGCAGCUUCCCUGACAAUGACACCAGUGAGACUAAGGGCAAAGUUCAUAGCUCCUUAUCUUUGACCUCAAAAUAGGACAUCUACAUUUGAGGCUGAGUUUUUUCCUUGUGUAGGAACUGAGUGGAAGGCAGCCAGGAUGAACCUGUAAUGCUGGAGAAGCCUGGGAGAGGGACCGAGGGGGUGGAGACUUUCCAUACAUGGCCAGUUCUUGUGGAUCCAGGAGUGUGCGAGGUGUGAGGAGGUGAGGUGGUGUUGCGUGGAGUGCACGUGGUCUGUGCACAGGCACGUGCGUGCCAGGUGGAGAGGUGUGGCUGUGGAAUGAGGGGGCUGUGUAAGGAAGGACGAUUUGUGAUUGGGGAGAGUGUCCAUUUCAGGAACCGUCUUCCCUGGUUUGAGCUGAGAGAGGGUAAGAGACAGAGGGGAAGACUGGCCAUGCUGCAGGAUUCAUCUUUCUGUGACUCCAUCUCACAGUGACAGACAGCUGCCACGGGAGGGCUGGGGGAAGGAAGUGCCAGGAGGGGGCACUUCUGGGGAAAGUCCCAUAGCUUGCUGCACCUUAAUGUGUCCCAGGUUGGAGUCCCUGCCUUCUCACCGCCCACUGAUAUGCAAUGCUUUUGACUAUCUUAUAUAUGGUUUCUUUCUCUGGCUUGGAUGACAAUACACAUAGUCGAUUUUCCUAUAUAACUUUAUAGAUUGAAUGAUACAGUGAUGGGCCUUAGGAGGCCUCAGGUCUGUGGGUGCCUCUGGGAGGUACAGACGGACAGUGGAUGUGAUCAAACUCUUUUGCCUCUACAACAUGUUUUGCAUUGUAGAAUUGUACUUAGCUUGCUCUGGAUGAAAUAAAAAUUAUGUUUAAUAAUA